AUGGAGGACUAUGAUGACAUUGAGUUGGAGGAUACGGAGAAGACGUAUCCUCAAUACGACGACCUCAGUUAUGAUGACCUAACGACAGCUUUUAGUAGGUUAGAUACAAGGGUGAGGGGAGAGGCUAUGUAUGGUGAUGACCCUUUAGUAAUAACUGAUCUUAAAAGUGAACUAGACUAUGUGAAGAAUCUCAUGGAGAGACGUGCAAUAGCAGAAACAACUUUCACCGAAGGAAAUGAUGGUACAGUGAACAUUUCAGGUCCAUCAGGAAGCACAACCGUUCAAGAAGUCGACUUCGUGGAAGACCCAAACAAUUUACUUCCAGAUGUGCUAGAUGCAUUCAACGAAUCAUUUGACACUGACUGGGAUGAAAUAGAAGCCCGCCUAGAGAAACUAAAUAAGAUUUCAACAGCAAAUAAAAAGAGAGAUUUCGAAAACCAAGUAGAGCGUGUUCAAGCUGUCACAAGAGUUAUCAAGGGUAAGGAGGGACUAAUACUAGACCCUAAGAAUAAAUAUGUCAGGGAACUCAUCAAACGAUCAUCUGUAAGAACACUCAAGGAUGGCACAGAGGUGUUGGUAUUUAGAAGUGAACAGGGUAUUAGUAAAAGUGGGACACAAAUAAUAAAACGUGGUAAGACCAAGAUUCCCGUGUACUCAAAGGACUAA